UUUCCAUGGAGUCAUACCCGACGUCUCCUUGCGACUGAGGCAUGCCAUUCUUCUUCCUGCUGCUGAAAUGUGCCGCUUAUUCUGACUCAGGCUAUUGUGGAGCGCACAAGUGGCUCUCUGAGGAGAAGGGGAUGGAUAAAGAAAGGGCGGGGUCAAGGUUCAAAUGAGCGGCUCCCAUUGGGACUCCGUUGCUGUUAUCAAAUUUAGUUGAGACACAAAAAGAGCUACAGUCUCAUUGCAUGGGACAUCUUGAGGGAGCGUGGAAGCGUUAUAGGACAGCGCUCUUUGUGUCUGAGCUUCGCUUCUCCCACAGCUCGCCUGUUGCUCUCCCCGUCUUCACUCUGCAGCCGCGCUGAUUGUUCAGCAGCUGAAUUGUUCCCAACGCAGCUGAGCUUUUUCUUCAAGACUGCAAAGCUCCGUCACCAAAAUGGAGUCUGCUGCACUGGAGUUGCCCUCCCUGCUAUCCAAUCAGUCCGAGAGCUGCGCAGCAGUGGACACAACCCUUGAGAACACGCUGUUUGGAUGCUUCUACAUCCUGGUUUUCUUCCUGGCGCUGAAUGGCAACAGCCUGGCUCUCUGGAUCUUCUCUCACCAGCGUGGUGCCUCCUCCCCAGCUAACGUCUUCUUAAUUCACCUGGCUGUGGCAGACUUGUCCUACGUGAUCAUCCUCCCUCUGAGGGCCACCUACCACCUCACUGGGGGCCACUGGCCCUUUGGCGAGGUGCCCUGCAGGCUGGCGGGAUUCCUGUUCUACGUCAACAUGUACGCCAGCCUGUACUUCCUGGCCUGCGUGGCGGUGGAUCGCUACAUGGCCGUGGUGCACGCUGUGAGGUCGCUGAAGGUCCGCCGUGCCCGCUAUGCCCACAUCGUCAGCUUCUCGCUGUGGGCCCUAGUUACCGUCUCCAUGGCGCCGCUGCUUAUCACCCACCAGACGUCAGAGGUGAACGGUGUGACGGUGUGCUCGCAGCUGUACAGAGAGAAGGCCUCGCACAAGGCACUGAUCUCCCUGGCUGUGGCCUUCACCCCGCCGUUCCUCGCCACCCUGACCUGUUACCUGCUCAUCAUCCGCAGCCUGCACCGGGGCUCCAGGCUAGAGCCAACCCUCAAGCUGAGGGCCCUGCGCACCAUCGGCCUGGUCAUGCUCAUCUACGUGGUCUGCUUCCUGCCCUACCAUGUGAGCAGGGCCACUUUCAUCCUGGGCUACAGCCACCCCGACGUCUCAUGCCAGACACGCAGAGGCCUGAGCCUGGCCAACCGCCUCACCUCCUCCCUCACCUGCCUCAACGGUGCCAUGGACCCGCUGAUCUACCUGUUUGGCGCAGAGAAGUUCCGCGGCACUCUGAUGCGAUUGUUUUGCAAAGAUCCGGCGAGCAUGUCGGGAGCCACCAGCGGAGAGUUGAAGGGAACACACGAGAGCUCUGUGAGCGCCAAGUCUGAGUUCUGAUGAGACGGGAUUUGAACUCGAUGCGCAGCAUGGUUCGACAAAGAUGCAUUUACAACGCAAAGGAAAAUCGAAUCGAGUGUUUGUGUGUUUGACGUGCCACUGUAGUCCCCUGAACUUGAAAAGCCGUUUCAGUGUCCACACUACGUCUCACGGGUUUUAACUGUGUGAGUGCCGCAGAGUGUAAGGACUGCAGCCAACAUGUGAGGACUAGGACAGCACGUUGUGACGUUCCUGUGCCCAUUAAUUAGGAAACUUAUAUUCCAUUUGUAACGUAAUCAACGGAAGAUAAUUAUUUUUUGCACCCUCGUUUAAAAUCUAAAUGGUACUUUCCACCUAUAUUCCCAUAUUUGGAAGAUACCUUGACGCCAUCAUAUGACCGAUGUCUGGGGACUUGCAGAAAGUGUGCAUAAAGUUCACCAGAAAACCCUCCCAACAUUAGCCCUCGAAGAGGAAGCCAUCAAUGUCUGUGAGACUACGAGGCUCCCGUUUCCAACCUGACCUCAACAAGAAGGAUGUUGAUGCGUCCGCCAUUUCCACAAGCUUUUCGUGUCAAACAUGAAAUAUGUACAUAGUCUCCUUUCAAUCAAUACUUCUACCUGCUACUGUUUCUGUAUCCUAUGCCAAAUGUGAUGAAUACUUAAUAAAAACGUGUUAUCUAGGGUGUCUUUGGGAAGACCGAAAUAUCUCAGCACCCGUUUGAUGGCUCUGAAAACCGCUGUACGGUUUCCAAUCUGACAGGGUUUCUGUGAAAUACUGGUUUGUAUGACUAAUACCCGCAGAAUUAAUGACGUUCCUAUUAGCCUCGACUGUGCUUUGCUUUAAGGGUUGAUUAGCAACUGUUAGCAUGCCAGCACAACCAGUGCUAAGGCAUUGCCAUUAUAUCCGCCACAUCAGCUUGUUACCAUUGACAUUCUGAGCGUUCUAGCAUGCCUGAUUUUGCCUAUAAAGCCUCUCAGACAUGUAAGCAUGACUGUAGACUUUUGUCUUGUUUUAAUAUUUUAAACCCGCUUAUAAAUGUAUUUUUAUGGUACACUGUAUAUUUUACUUUUUGUUAGACCAAUCUUAAUUGUACAUAUAUUCUUCAUUUACUCUUCUAUGCUAUGCAUUCAUUAUUUGGUCCACAUUUAGAUGAUAUUGCACUAUUGCAUGACAAACUUUUUUUUUUACCAUGUUAGUUUGGCUCAACGCCAUUUGCAGAAUAAUUAUGUUUGGCGGACAAACAUGAUUCACACGGCUGGGUAAGCAAGAAAAUGUACUUUGCAGUCUUAAAUAAUAACUGAAUAAAUGUUUGAUUUCACCUCCUCUA